AUGUCGCCUCCAGGAAAUAGCAGGGAUAACACUGGUGAUUCAGGGAUGGUUGGUGGCAUUAACCCGUCUUUGAUCUCUCUUGAGGGAUCAAACUUCACUGCCAAUGGCCAAAUCUUUCUCUCUGAUGUCCCUGAUAACAUCACCAUCACUUCCUCUCCCUAUUCCCCCAUUGCCGGAUUCUUUGUUGGGUUCGAAUCGAAAGAACCCGCAGACAGGCAUGUUGUCCCUAUUGGGAAACUGAAAAGCAUAAGGUUUAUGAGCAUAUUCAGGUUUAAGGUCUGGUGGACAACUCACUGGGUUGGCUCCAAUGGCAGAGACCUUGAACAUGAGACUCAGAUGGUCAUGCUUGAUAAGUCUGACUCGGGACGACCCUACGUCCUCCUCCUUCCUCUUAUUGAGGGGCCUUUCCGGGCCUCUCUCCAGCCCGGCAACAACGACAACAUUGAUAUUUGUGUGGAAAGUGGUUCCACAAAAGUUUCUGGUGCCGAAUUCGGAAGUGUUCUUUAUGUGCAUGUUGGUGAUGAUCCUUACAAUUUGGUGAAGGAGGCCAUAAAGGUGGCGAGGAAGCAUUUGGAUACUUUUAGGCUUUUGGAGGAGAAAACUCCUCCAGGUAUUGUCGACAAAUUUGGUUGGUGUACCUGGGAUGCCUUUUAUCUUACUGUGCACCCUCAAGGUGUCUGGGAAGGUGUAAAGGGUCUGGUUGAAGGUGGUUGCCCACCUGGUCUUGUGUUGAUUGAUGAUGGUUGGCAAUCUAUUAGUCAUGAUGAGGACCCGAUCACAAAAGAAGGCAUGAACGCUGCUGUUGCUGGUGAGCAGAUGCCAUGCAGACUAUUGAAGUUCCAGGAGAAUUACAAGUUCAGGGACUAUGUGAGUCCCAAGAGUUUGGCUAUUGGUGCCAACGAUAAUAAAGGCAUGGGAGCCUUUAUAAAGGACCUCAAGGAGGAAUUUAAGUCUGUGGACUAUGUUUAUGUGUGGCAUGCACUAUGUGGGUACUGGGGUGGUCUGAGGCCUAACGUGCCUGGCUUGCCUGAAACUGAGAUUGUGAAGCCAAAACUGUCUCCAGGAUUGGAGAUGACGAUGGAGGACCUUGCCGUUGAUAAGAUCGUCAACAAUGACAUAGGGCUGGUGCCGCCGGAGAUAGUUAACCAGAUGUACGAGGGGCUUCAUUCCCACUUGGAGAAUGUUGGGAUUGAUGGUGUUAAGGUGGACGUCAUCCAUUUGCUGGAAAUGUUGAGUGAAAACUACGGAGGCAGAGUUGAGCUAGCGAAGGCAUAUUAUAAGGCCUUGACAGCCUCGGUGAGGAAGCAUUUCAAUGGAAAUGGUGUGAUCGCCAGCAUGGAACACUGCAACGACUUCAUGUUCCUUGGUACAGAGGCCAUCUCUCUUGGUCGUGUUGGUGAUGAUUUCUGGUGCACCGAUCCAUCUGGUGAUCCUAAUGGCACAUUUUGGCUCCAAGGAUGUCAUAUGGUGCACUGUGCUUACAAUAGCUUGUGGAUGGGCAACUUCAUUCGCCCUGACUGGGACAUGUUCCAGUCUACUCAUCCUUGUGCUGAGUUCCACGCUGCUUCCAGGGCAAUUUCUGGUGGCCCAAUUUAUGUCAGUGACACCGUUGGGAAGCACAACUUCCCCUUGCUCAGGAGGCUAGUGUUGCCAGAUGGUACAAUUCUCCGGUGUGAGUACUACGCACUCCCAACCAAGGAUUGCCUGUUUGAGGACCCUCUGCAUGAUGGCAAUACCAUGCUUAAAAUCUGGAACCUCAACAAGUUCACUGGAGUCAUCGGAGCAUUUAACUGCCAAGGAGGAGGAUGGUGCCGCGAGACUAGACGCAACAAAUGCGCAUCCCAAUUUUCUCACCUGGUGACUGCUAAGACCAACCCCAACGACAUUGAAUGGAAUAGUGGCAAGAACCCAAUUUCCAUUGAAGGAGUACAGGUGUUUGCCAUGUACUUUUCCCAGUCCAAGAUGCUGGUUCUCUGCAAACCAUACGAUAACAUUGAGAUGGCACUGGAACCAUUCAAUUUUGAGCUCAUUACUGUCUCCCCAGUUACUGCCUUGGCGGGGAAAUUAGUCCAGUUUGCUCCUAUAGGCUUGGUGAACAUGCUAAACACAGGCGGUGCUAUCCAGUCAUUGGCCUACAACGAUGCUAAUAGCUCUGUCCAAAUUGGCGUCACAGGAACCGGAGAAAUGAGGGUCUUUGCAUCUGAGAAACCAAUUGCUUGCAAAAUUGAUGGAAGAGAGGUCCCAUUUGAUUACGAGGAGUGCAUGGUUGUCACUCAAGUGCCAUGGUCUGCUCCUUCUGGUCAAUCUAUGGCUGAGUACUUGUUUUAGAGUUUAGGGUUUUGAUUAGGAAGGAAAUUGAUUGCUAUCAUCAUCAAACAUCAUUUUAUUAUUGGUUUGAAUUCCAAGGGACGUAUUAUUAUCCUAUCCUCCCUCUAAAUUGGGAAAAAGAAACAAGGAGGUGCUGCUCAGAUUGAUGGCCCGGUACAUUAGACCUUUUUUUCUUUUCUCUCGUUUAUAAUAACUAAGAAUUGAUAUGCUUUUCAUUGUAUCAGCUAAAUUUUAUCA